AUGGCCAAUCUUGUAUCUGCAUGGGACGACAUGACAGCGGAUCUAGCACUAGUACCGGACAGAACACCAAGGCUGGACUUGGCUGAUAUGCUGGGGAUCUACUUCAGCCUGUAUCCGAAGAAGUCCGAUAUGAGGACGCCAUAUUUUCAACGACAAUGGAAAUCUACUUACAAUGCUGCAGGUUAUCGACGACAGCUGGCGAUAAUGCUCACAUACGAAACGGAAAUGUCAAGAAGACUGUCCGUUGUGGCGAGUCGAGUCCGUGCCUUGACAGCAUCUACUACAGAAGAACCAGCUAUGGAUGCACAUCGAUCCGUCUCGAUACAGUCCAGCACAGUACGGUCAGAGCAAUCGGUUCGAAAUGUCGUAGGGACAAGGAAACGGAAAAGAGAUACCGAGAAUAGUGACGAAGAGGUCAUUCCUGCCAUCAAGAAAGCCAAAGCACUCACUCAAGACUCGCCUCAAAUGGGCGGUACUUGUACUGGUGCUCCUGUCCUGCAGGGAGACACGAUAGCCAACCCUGAAGAGUGUCAAGAUGAGCCUAAGUCGAUGUUGAGAGCUUGUUUCGAUGACACCGAUAUCGCAGCGAUUCAGGGUCUGCAUAAUCGAAUGGUCGUUGUUAUGGCUACGACCGUUGAGUUAAUUCAAAAGUUGGAAGAAAUAGAUCGCCUGCUCGACAAACACCUCUUUGCAAAUUGCAAUGAGAACAACAGCGGACGUAAGAAUUUGACGACUGACUUGACGCGCGAUAUUUGCAGUUUGCAUGCGCGAGGCCGAUACUUCAUCUCUCAUAUUGAUACCUUGGCUCAUCGUCUGCUAGGGUAUUUGACUGUACACAAUGCUUGUUUAGCCACUGCAAUUCACGCUUCAGAUAAGGAAAUCGGGGAGACUCCAAGUCACGAUACCGAGAACGAGCUCUGGUGGGAGCAAUCUGAAAAAGGAGCAAUACAUUAUUGGUUGUGGGCUACCACUCUGCUGCUAGACAAGCCGGAACACCAUGUUCAUAAGGUGUAG